AUGGUGGACAAAGACGGCAGCUUGCAGGAAAUCAAGAACGAGAACGUCGACCUUGAGCGGAUUCCCGUUGAAGAAGUGUUUGAGCAGUUGAAAUGCACCAAGGAGGGCUUGACAAACGAGGAAGGGCAGAAGAGGCUGCAAAUCUUUGGCCCAAACAAACUCGAAGAGAAGAAGGAAAGCAAGUUUCUCAAGUUUCUGGGUUUUAUGUGGAAUCCUCUCUCAUGGGUCAUGGAGAUUGCUGCAAUUAUGGCCAUUUGUUUGGCAAACGGAGGAGGCAAACCGCCAGAUUGGCAGGAUUUCGUUGGAAUCGUGACAUUGCUUUUUAUCAACUCCACUAUUAGCUUCAUUGAAGAAAACAAUGCAGGCAAUGCUGCAGCGGCACUUAUGGCUGGGCUUGCUCCAAAAACCAAGGUCCUAAGAGAUGGAAAAUGGUGUGAGCAAGAUGCUGCAAUUUUGGUACCAGGAGAUAUCAUCAGCAUCAAGUUGGGGGAUAUCAUUCCAGCAGAUGCACGUCUCCUUGAAGGUGAUGCUCUCAAGAUUGAUCAGUCUGCCUUAACUGGUGAGUCUUUACCAGUAACCAAGAACUCAGGUGAUGAGAUAUUCUCUGGUUCUACUGUCAAGCAAGGUGAGAUUGAGGCCGUUGUUAUCGCCACCGGCGUGCACACUUUCUUUGGAAAAGCUGCUCACCUGGUUGAUAGCACCAAUAAUGUAGGGCACUUCCAGCAGGUGCUGACAGCAAUUGGGAACUUCUGCAUAUGCUCUAUUGCAUUAGGCAUGAUUAUUGAGAUUGUGGUGAUGUAUCCGAUCCAGCAUCGAAAGUAUAGGGAUGGAAUUGAUAAUCUCUUGGUGCUUCUCAUCGGAGGGAUUCCUAUUGCCAUGCCAACAGUUUUGUCCGUGACAAUGGCCAUUGGAUCUCACCGGCUUUCUGAACAAGGAGCUAUUACCAAGAGAAUGACUGCCAUUGAAGAAAUGGCCGGAAUGGAUGUACUCUGCAGUGACAAGACCGGGACACUUACUCUCAACAAGCUUACUGUAGACAAGAGCAUGGUUGAGGUGUUCAUAAAGGAUGUUGACAAGGAAAUGCUUCUUUUACUUGCGGCUAGGGCCUCUAGGGUUGAGAAUCAAGACGCUAUUGAUGCCUGCAUCGUUGGAAUGCUAGGUGACCCCAAGGAGGCAAGAGCAGGUAUCACAGAGGUGCAUUUCUUCCCCUUUAACCCAGUUGACAAGCGCACAGCCAUGACAUACAUUGACUCUGAUGGCACUUGGCAUCGAGUCAGCAAAGGUGCACCAGAGCAGAUUAUUGCCCUCUGCUACCUUCGAGAAGAUGUGAAGAAGAAAGCUCAUGAUAUCAUUGGUAAAUUUGCUGAUCGUGGACUUCGCUCUCUUGGUGUGGCUAGACAAGCUAUUCCAGAGAAAAGCAAGGAGAGCCCUGGAAGUCCCUGGCAAUUUGUGGGUCUUUUGCCUCUGUUUGAUCCUCCAAGGCACGAUAGUGCAGAGACAAUUCGUCGUGCACUCCAUCUUGGUGUUAAUGUCAAGAUGAUAACUGGUGAUCAAUUAGCAAUUGCUAAGGAAACUGGUAGGAGGCUUGGCAUGGGAACGAACAUGUAUCCAUCAUCUGCUCUCCUUGGCCAAAAUAAAGGUGAGACAAUUGACACAAUCGGUGUUGAUGAGCUUAUUGAGAAGGCUGAUGGCUUUGCAGGAGUUUUCCCAGAGCACAAAUAUGAGAUUGUGAAGAGGCUACAACAAAGGAACCAUAUUUGUGGAAUGACUGGAGAUGGUGUGAAUGAUGCCCCAGCUCUUAAGAAGGCAGACAUUGGAAUUGCGGUUGCUGAUGCAACUGAUGCAGCUAGAAGUGCAUCAGAUAUAGUAUUAACGGAACCGGGACUAAGUGUGAUUGUGAGUGCUGUUCUGACAAGCAGAGCAAUUUUUCAGAGAAUGAAAAACUAUACCAUUUAUGCUGUGUCUAUUACUAUCCGUAUCGUGCUGGGAUUUAUGCUCCUUGCUCUUAUUUGGAAGUUUGAUUUCUCGCCUUUCAUGGUAUUGAUCAUUGCCAUACUGAAUGAUGGAACAAUUAUGACCAUUUCCAAGGACAGGGUUAAGCCAUCUCCUAUGCCUGACUCAUGGAAGCUCAAGGAGAUUUUUGCCACUGGCAUUUUCCUUGGUGCCUAUCUUGCUUGCAUGACUGUUGUUUUCUUCUGGGCUGCUAACGAGUCUGACUUCUUUCCACAUCAAUUAAAGUUUGAUAACAAUUUGCAGGAUAAGUUUGGAGUAAGAUCCGUCAGGAACAAUAAAGAGGAACUUACAGCCGCUGUCUACCUCCAAGUGAGUAUUGUGAGUCAGGCACUCAUUUUUGUCACUCGUUCUCGGAGCUGGUCCUUCAUCGAACGCCCUGGUCUCCUGCUAGUCACUGCCUUCCUUUUAGCACAACUGGUGGCUACUGUACUUGCUGUUUAUGCAAACUGGGGCUUCGCAAGAAUAAAAGGCAUUGGAUGGGGUUGGGCUGGUGUUAUUUGGAUCUACAGUGUAGUUUUCUACAUCCCACUUGAUAUUAUAAAGUUCUUCGUCCGAUAUUCUUUAAGUGGAAAGGCCUGGGAUAAUCUUCUCCAGAAUAAGACUGCCUUCACAACAAAGAAGGAUUAUGGAAGGGAAGAGAGGGAGGCACAAUGGGCCACAGCUCAGCGCACCCUUCAUGGAUUACAGGUUCCUGGAGCAGAAGAUAUCUUAAAUGACAAGAACAACUAUAGAGAGUUGUCAGAGAUCGCUGAACAAGCCAUGAAGCGCGCUGAAAUUGCAAGGUUGAGGGAGCUUCACACGCUCAAGGGGCAUGUUGAAUCAGUUGUGAAACUCAAAGGACUUGACAUCGAGACCAUCCAACAACACUACACCGUAUGAAAAAGGGCAGGACUUGAGCAUGGGAAAUUGACAAAUAUCCAAAUAUUUUUCUUUAUUAGUUGUUUCUGUAAUAACAGAGUGCUAUGCAAAGCAAAACUUUUUCCUACCAAUUAAGUUACCUGUAGGUUGAACCAACUGGAGUUUCAUACAGCAGCA